AUGCAGGGAGAGAGGGUUUCAGAUCCGAAAUGGAUCACCAUUAAAGCAGCUCUUCUGCUACUGUUGGGAGCAGCCAUUGCAGCUGCAUUUGCUGAUCCUUUGGUGGACACAGUAAACAACUUCUCUGCAGCCACAGGGAUCCCAUCUUUCUUCAUCUCUUUCAUCGCUUUGCCUUUAGCAACCAACUCAAGUGAAGCCGUCUCUGCCAUCAUCUUUGCUUUCCGCAAAAAGAUCAGAACAGCUUCCUUAACUUUCUCCGAGCUAUGUGGUGGAGUGACUAUGAAGAACAUUCUGUGUCUCUCGGUGUUUUUAGCAAUAGUCUACCUUAGAGGAUUAACAUGGAACUUCUCAUCAGAAGUGUUGGUGAUUCUCAUAGUUUGUCUGGUGAUGGGAGGUUUGGCUAGCUUCCGCACAACGUAUCCGCUUUGGACAUGUUUCAUAGCAUACUUGCUUUACCCGUUCUCUCUGGGUCUGGUCUAUAUUCUCGACUACUGGUUUGGCUGGUCAUAG